AUGGAGCACAUCAAGAGAACAUUUGCACAGGCCAAGAAGGAGAACAGACCCGCCUUGGUCACUUAUGUCACUGCCGGCUUCCCCACCGCCGAGGAGACUCCCGACAUCAUGCUGGCCAUGGAGGCUGGCGGCGCCGAUGUCAUUGAACUCGGCAUGCCCUUCACCGACCCUAUCGCCGACGGCCCUACCAUCCAAAAGGCAAACACACAAGCCCUGAAGAACGGCGUCAACAUCAUCACAACAAUCCAGAUGGUCAGAGAUGCAAGGAAAAGAGGUCUGCGUGCUCCCGUCAUGCUCAUGGGCUACUACAACCCCGUGCUCAGCUACGGCGAGGACAAGAUCCUCAAGGACUGCAAGGCUGCCGGUGUCAAUGGCUUCAUCAUGGUCGAUCUGCCGCCAGAGGAGGCUGUUCGUUUCCGCAACCACUGCACAAAGGCCGGUCUCUCUUACAUUCCUCUCAUCGCACCCGCUACCUCGGAAAACCGCAUGAAGCUGCUGUGUAAGAUCGCCGACUCUUUCAUCUAUGUUGUUUCGCGCAUGGGUGUCACUGGUGCUUCUGGCUCCGUCAACGCUGCUCUGCCCGAGCUUCUCGACCGCGUUCACACCUACUCUGGUGGUGUUCCCGCUGCUGUUGGUUUCGGUGUUAGCACAAGAGACCACUAUCUGAGCAUUGGCAGCAUGGCCGAGGGUGUUGUCAUUGGCAGUCAGAUCAUUCAGACUCUUGCCGACGCUCCUGCUGGUACAGGAGCACAGGCUGUUGAGGACUACCUGGAUGGUAUUACUCAGCGCAGAGAGACCAUCAAAUCGCAAACACGCGAGGUUGGUAUUGUCGAGACCAUGGACGCAGCCAAGGAGCCCGUCGACGUUCAUGUUGAUGGUGUCGUCAAGGACGAUGACACUCCUGACGGCCCCGGACUCGCCGACCAGAUUGAGGCCCUGAACACCGACGGACCCGUGGAUUCAAACGCUAUCCCUGCAAGAUUCGGAGAGUUUGGUGGUCAGUACGUUCCCGAGUCACUCAUGGACUGUCUGCGCGAGCUGGAGGACGGCUUCCACGCUGCUAUCAACGACGAAAAGUUCUGGGAGGAGUACCGCACACACUACGAAUGGAUGGGUCGUCCCGGUCACUUGCACAUGGCUGAGCGCCUGACUGAGCACGCUGGUGGUGCCAACAUCUGGUUGAAGCGUGAGGACCUGAAUCACACUGGUUCGCACAAGAUCAACAAUGCCCUCGGACAAGUUCUUCUGGCCCGUCGUCUGGGCAAGACCGAGAUCAUUGCCGAGACCGGUGCUGGUCAACACGGUGUCGCUACCGCCACUGUCUGUGCCAAGUUCGGGAUGAAGUGUACUGUCUACAUGGGAGCUGAGGACGUCCGCCGCCAGGCCCUGAACGUCUUCCGUAUCAAGCUUCUCGGUGCUCAGGUCAUUGCCGUUGAGGCUGGCAGCCGUACCCUCCGUGACGCUGUCAACGAGGCUAUGCGUGCCUGGGUCGUCAAGCUUGACACCACCCACUACAUCAUUGGAUCAGCCAUUGGUCCCCACCCCUUCCCCACUAUUGUUCGUACCUUCCAGUCAGUCAUCGGUCAAGAGACCAAGGAGCAGAUGCAGGCCCUGAAGGGCAAGCUUCCUGACGCCGUUGUCGCCUGUGUUGGUGGCGGCUCAAACGCUGUCGGCAUGUUCUACCCCUUCUCCAAGGACCCCAGCGUCAAGCUUCUCGGUGUUGAGGCUGGUGGUGACGGUAUCGAUACCGACCGCCACUCUGCCACACUAUCCGGCGGUACCCACGGUGUCCUUCACGGUGUCCGCACAUACGUCCUCCAGGACAAGCACGGUCAGAUCUCAGACACUCACUCCGUCUCCGCUGGUCUCGAUUACCCAGGUGUCGGUCCCGAGCUUGCCAGCUGGAAAGACAACGACCGCGCCAAGUUCAUCGCCGCCACCGACGCCGAGGCAUUCAUCGGUUUCCGCCUCCUGUCUCAACUGGAAGGUAUCAUCCCUGCCCUCGAGACCUCUCACGCCAUCUUCGGCGCUGUCGAGCUCGCCAAGACAAUGAAGAAGGGCGAAGACAUUGUCAUCUGCCUUUCUGGCCGCGGAGACAAGGAUGUACAGUCUGUUGCUGAAGAGCUUCCUAAGCUCGGCCCCAAGAUUGGCUGGGACUUGAGAUUCUAG